UAGUUUUUGAUGAAAACAUGACGUGUUGUAUUGAUGUUUUUCUUUCUUUUGUUCAUUCCAGACAGUCCAGUUUGUGCAAGGCAUUUUUGUGGAGAAGUAUGACCCCCAAUAAGAAGACUCCUACAGAAAGCAAGUCGAGGUCGAUGGACAGCAAUGUAUGCUUGAAAUCCUGGACACAGCUGGAACAGAACAGUUCACGGCUAUGAGGGACCUGUACAUGAAGAAUGGCCAAGGCUUUGCUUUGGUGUACUCCAUUACAGCUCAGUCGACAUUUAAUGACCUACAGGACCUCCGGGAACAGAUCCUGCGAGUAAAGGACACAGAGGAUGUUCCCAUGAUCCUGGUGGGCAACAAGUGUGACUUGGAGGAUGAGCGUGUGGUCGGCAAGGAGCAGGGUCAGAACCUGGCCCGUCAGUGGAACAACUGUGCCUUUUUAGAGACUUCAGCUAAAUCAAAGAUCAACGUUAAUGAGAUUUUCUAUGAUCGGCGACAGAUCAACAGAAAAACGCCGAUGGAAAAGAAGAAGACAAAAAAGAAGUCAGGUUGCACACUGCUCUAAAAUGCCCUCCCACGGUAGCUCCAGGCCAGAAACUUGUAAUGAUUAACUGUUUCCCAGUGGAUCGUGCCAGCAUUCCUAGUCCUCUCCAGAGCAUUUUGAAAAAGGCUGACAGAGAAACUCACCACUCACAAAAUGGCAGGAGACGGCACAUACUCAAGAAACUCUUUCUGCUUUUUAAUGGCAAAGAAAUACACCUCUUCUUUUGUAUCGUCAGCCUGAUGACAACUGUUUUUUCUUGUUUUUUUUCUCUUCUCCAAGGUGUCUUUCUUUUGGAAAUAUCAAUGUAAAAGAGGAGACCAUGGAUUUAAAUCCAUAAACGGAACUAAAAUGUUUUAUUCUUGACAUAUUGUGACAAAUACGUUUGCAAAAGAAUCCAUGUGAAAUGUUGGUCUUCUCGUACGUUUCUGCACUAACAGUGUCAAUGAAGAUGCAUCAUUGUCCAUAAGUUACUCGCUCCUACUUACAAGGAUCUGUAUUGAUGAGGUAACAUCUUUCCUAAGUGACUUGUUUAUAUUGAGAGCUUCAAGCCUUCCAUAUUUCCCAUAAUAUAUUCUACUUCCAUUUUGCAUAAUAAAGCUAAGGAAAUUAGUAUUUUAUAGACUGAUGGGGGGGGGGGAAUGGUGCGUUCUGAUUUGUCUUGAGGCUGAAAAUAUAUUGUACUAAACCAACUCUAAUAUUGCUUCUUGUGUUACCCUGUCACAGAUGAUUUUCCAGCUUUUAUGAAUGAUUAAAUUUUAGUACAUUUUCAUUA